AUGUCAACGGCGUCGAAGCGGUAUCUGCGCAUGUCGCUUUCCGUAGCCGUCGUCUUGGAGCAAGAGCAAGGUAAGGUAUUGGCGGAAUGUGCGGUGGAGUUGGGUGCGACGGAUUACAACUGGGAACCGAACGCUCCGUGCACGACGGACGAAGGCCUGGUGUGCAACGCUGACGGAACAGUCAACACUAUUGACUUGUCUGGUACUGGUCUGGAAGGAAGCAUCUGCUCCGUUAUAGGCAACCUCACUACGCUAGUUACACUCGAUCUGAGCUACAACUCGUUGUCAGGCCCCAUCCCUGCCAGCAUAGGGCAGCUUCCCCUGCUGCAGAGGCUCGAUCUGAGCUACAACUCGUUGUCAGGCCCCAUCCCUGCCAGCCUAGGGCAGCUUCCCCUGCUGCAGACACUCGACCUGUCAUACAACGACCUAGACGGUGCCUUGCCUUCCACCAUCGCCUCCUUAUCCAACCUUAAAGUCCUCGACCUCUCAUCCAACUUCAUUGAGGGUGCUUUGCCUCCCACCAUCGGCUCCUUAUCCCGCCUUCAAGUCCUCGAUUUACUUGACAACCAGAUGAAUGGAACGUUACCCCCAUCUCUGAGUGCGCUCACGAAUAUGCAGAUUCUUGACCUUGGGAACAAUACCUUCUCUGGAAGCUUCCCCACUGGCGUGUCAAAACUAACUCAGCUCUCGUUCCUGUCGCUCUUUUACAACAAGUUUGAAGGAUCGGUUCCCUCGUCCAUCUCUCGCCUCUCAAAGCUUCAAGCAUUCAAUUUGGGUGGAAACGUCAACUUUGAGGGAGAAAUCCUUCCAACAGUAGCAACCCUCAGCAGCUUGGCUGUUGUCGACCUUGCUUACAACAGGUUCUCUGGCUCCAUCCCUACCGAGUUUGGCAGGCUUACCAAUCUGCAAACUUGUAUCUUUCUAUACAACCAGUUCACGGGGAGCAUUCCAGAAACCCUCUCCAAGCUGAAAAAACUCAGUCACAUGGACUUCGCCCAAAACAUCUUCCGAGGCACCAUCCCUUCAUUCUUCGCCACCCUGACCAAACUCGACAUGCUGCACUUUGACAAUAACCAGUUUUCCGGAGAAAUUCCCUCCCAGUUGGGAAGCCUCACAAAUCUCACAUACCUGGGUUUCGCCACCAAUGCUCUCUCGGGCCUCGUUCCACCCACCCUCGGGAAUCUCCUCCGCCUCACGGAGCUUGAGCUCAACGAGAGUGGCACGGUGUGUCCAGGAGCAGGCCAGCCGUGCGUGGUAAAGCAGACCCCCUCCUCCCAGUUCUGCAUCAACUGCCCCGACUUCUGCUCCUCCUGCUCCAACAGCCCUGCCCCUUCCCCUGGCUCUCCUGCUGCUAGCCCCUCCCCUCCUCCUCCUCUUCCUCCUCCUGCCAAUAACACUCCUCCUCCUGCCAAUAACACUCCUCCUCCUGCCAAUAACACUUCUUCCUCGUCCUCGUCCGGCCUGCCUCUGGGGGCUAUCAUUGGCAUUGCUGUCGGCGGCGUACUCGUUAUUGUCCUCCUCGUUAUUGGCCUGUUUCUGCUGUGGAAAAGAAGGUCCAAACCCCAAGGCCGGGAAGAGCAACCCAAUGAAACACAAGUGAGCGGUGAACCCACAGAAGGCAGCGACUUGUCAGUCGUGCCGAGCCAGGCGCUCAUGUGUCAGCGCUACUCCUUUGCCACUGUGGCGAAGGCGACAAACGAUUGGGCCGAGGCGAACCACAUUGGAUCGGGCGGGUAUGGCGAGGUGUAUCGUGGAGUGUCUCCUGUGGACCCUUCGGUUGUGUGGGCUGUGAAGCGCGCCAAGAUACUCACGAAUGAUUUCAAGCGAGAGGUGGAGGAGAUGGCAUCAAAGAGCCAUCCGAACUUGGUGCGGCUGCUGGGGUACUGUGUGGACAUGGAUAUGACAACAGAGCACCACGAGCAGAUCGUUAUCUAUGAGAUCUGCGCCAAUGGGGACCUCGAGAAGUAUCUAACUGGCGGGCCGAAAAAGGGCACGCUGACGCUGCAGCAACGCAUGGAUGUGCUGGUGGGGGUGGCGCGGGGGUUGGAGUACCUCCACCAGUUUGACAUCGUGCAUCGAGACAUCAAGCCCGCCAACGUGCUGCUCGAUGCCCGCAUGCAGCCGAAGGUAUCAGAGUUUGGGCUGGUGCGCAUUCUACAAGGCACCACAGUGAAUCCCACCCACGUGGUCAGCAAUCCGGGCUAUAUGGACCCCGCUUGCUCGCACACCAACAAGGCCACACCCAUGGCUGACGUGCACAGCUUUGGCGUGUUGAUGCUAGAGGUCAUGCUGACAAGGCCUGCUGUAGUGGACGAAAAGGGCAUCAACACCAGUAUCAAGGAUUGGGCUGCCCGCCGCGUGCAAGAUCGAGACAUCCAAGGCCUCAAGGACCCUCAUCUCGACAGCAUCCCGAACGAACUGCUUUUGCAGGUCGUUGAGCUCGCGCUGCGGUGCACCGGCAUGCCUCCCUCCUCUCGCCCGCACAUGCGAGAAGUCGCCGUGCGAUUGGACGCUCUCUCAAAGGAGUUUCUGCAGAACGCGACAUCGAAAGCGGAUUCACGAUUCGAGAGCAUCGACCAGGAGGUCGCAAUGCGGCAGCCCGAGCAGAGCCUGGAUGAUGAGUUUCUGUGCAUUGAUGUGAUCUCCGGCGCAUGUGAUUGA